AUGGCCGAAAAAAUCGUCUGCGUCGUCGCCUACCCGUCGACCACAAAAGAGGGCAAGCCCGCCCGCUUCGACAUGGACUAUUAUCUGAAAACGCACAUGCGCGAGAUCAUCGACCGCGACUGGAAGCCGUUCGGCAUGGGCAAGUGGACGGUCGCGUCUUUCAAGGCCGAAGACUCGCUCGACAACAAGCCGCCGCCGUACAUGGUCACGGCGACUAUCGAGUGGGACAAGGUCGAGGAUUUGAAGGAGGCGCUCGCUAAGGGGAGCGAGGUGUCCGGCAAGGAUGUCGCGAAUUAUACUGAUGUGUAUCCCGAGAUUUGGAUUAGUAAGGUCACCGGGACGAGUUCGUGA